AUGACACAAACUUCAAAGGCUUUGACAUCAGCAGAAAUCAUCAGCUCAAACACAGUUAAAACAUCUACCAUUAUCCCUCUCUCAAAUGCCACUGUCACUGUGACAACACCAUCUACAACUCCUCAGUGCAGAGAUGAGGACUGUCAGUGUAACGGGGGAGAGUGUAUAUUCAACACGACACUAGGCAGAUGUCACUGCCAUUGUCAAGAAUCAGUCUAUGGAGAUUCCUGUGUUUUUGGACAGAACAACACCCACCCUAAUAUUGAUUCCGGAGCAAUACCAACUCGACGGGUAAAUGUUACAAUGAAAAUCAACAUCAAUUUUGUGGAUGCUUAUAAAAAUUUAAACUCACUUGAGUCCUUGAAAUUCAUCAACAAAUUAAGAAAGGAGCUCGAAGCCCUGUGCAAAGAAGCUGAUCCACUGGCCUUUAAAAAAGUACAAAUCAUCAAUUUAAUACCAGGAUCUGUUGUUGCAGAGAGCGUAGCAGAGUACAACUAUCUGAACAAUGAAACACAAAUCCACUAUGUCAACACCAAACUAGAUGGGGUGUUGACCAACAUCUUGAAUGACACAAAUAACCUCAAUAAGAUUUCUCGGGCAUUUAAUAAUGCCAGUGUGCAGUUAAAUGGACUCACCUUCCAGUCACCUGAGAUUAAAAAUAUCACAGACUUGAAGCCUUUUGUUAACUGCAGUCGGUUUGUUGAUUACACUGCCGUGAUUAGUAAUGGUCAGUGGCAGUGUGUUGGACCAUGCAAAACAAACCCUGAUUACUGUCAUCAUCAUGGAGAUUGUCUUAAUGACAUUUACAUAGGGUCCAUUUGCAGGUGUUACGAGUCUAGCCUGGAGCAGUUUUAUGGCCCACAGUGUGAGCUCUUCCGCCGGGGUCCAGGUUUCUAUGGAGCACUGUUUGGAUCACUGGCAGCAGCACUCCUGCUCUUGAUUAUCAUUGUCAUUGCUGUUGUGGUCAAAAAAAAGUAUACAGGCAUUUGGAGAAGGAACAAUUCCUAUAACAGAAGACUGUCUGCUUUUGAAGAAGAUUUCUUUGACUUCUCAGAUACAGGAGAGCACAACUUGGGAUUUGCGGGCACUUACACAUCACGUGGUUUUUGGCCACAUCUAGAAAAUGUUGACACCCGAUUGCAGGUCACAACAAAACGACCAGACGUUUGGAACAUCAACCCUAGAUGAAGGCUACAGACUGGAGAAUUUUGUUCUAAUUAAGAAGUUUUCCAUGCAUGCAAUAGAGAUAAUU